AUGGUCAUGAUGGGCCUUAAUGGAGGGCGUCUUGUGAUGCCUAUGGCGGAUGACAUGCACACCCAUCUCCGGCAAGUGGAACUGAUGGAUAUGGUCACGCUUCAAAUACGCAAGGGAGGGUGCGACCGGGUCCUGGUGAUGCCCAACACUGUGCCGCCGAUUGUGACAUGCUCACAAGCGCUCGAAUACAGAAAUGAACUUCUGAAAAGGGACCCCAAUGUGAAUUACUUGAUGACCUUGUACCUCUGCCGCGAGAUCGACGCCGACGAUAUCGCCAAGCGCGCGAAGGAAUCGCAUGUUGUUGGAGUUAAACUAUACCCGCGUGGUGUGACAACAAACUCCGAGGCCGGCGUGGAGGACCUUACCCAAUAUGAGGGUGUCUUUAAAGUGAUGGAAGAACUCGGCAUGAGUUUGCACAUCCACGCUGAAAAGCCAGACGCGCCGACACUCCGCGCGGAAGAAAUGUUCUUACCUAUAUUUGAAGACCUCCAUUCGCGCUUCCCCAAACUGAAGAUCGUUUUCGAGCACAUUUCAACGGCUGCAGCAGUAAAAGCGAUUAAGGGCAAACCUAAUGUAGCCGCAUCUAUAACUGCUCACCACCUGCGGCUGACCACUGAGGAUGUGUGGACAACAGAGGAUGUUCAGCGCCAGAUGGACUGUUCCGAUAAAUCAUCUAUCCAGCCUCGCGUAGCUCACUCCCACAACUUUUGCAAACCCAUUGCAAAGAGCGCGGAGGACCGAGAGGCGCUCCUGCAGGUCGUGCGCGAGGGUCAUCCGCAGUUCUUUCUAGGCUCGGAUUCUGCGCCUCAUCCUCGGCACAAGAAAGAUUCAUAUCCGCCAGCAGCUGGUGUAUUCACGCAACCCUUCCUUCUUGCGUAUCUCGCAGACACUUUUGCCCGUGCGGGAUGCCUAGACAAAUUGCAAAGUUUUGCUUGCGAAAACGCAGCAGCUUUCUUUGGGCUUCCUAAAAAGGAGCUGGUGGAGGGCGAGGAUUGCGUUGUGCUGGAGCAGACACCGUGCAGGAUCCCGAAUGUCGUCUGUGGAGCUGAAGGUACUAGCACGGACGUUGUUCCCUUCCUCGCUGGCCAUGAACUUGGCUACACCCUAAAAGUAGUCCCGUUUUCCAGGAGCUUGGAGGCUCGUCAGUGA